CGGCUCGAGUGUUGCUGUAGUUCGUCUUUUCAGAGAGCUAAACCUGUGUGUGUAAACUUUCUUAAUUCAUCAAUCAAAACAAAUCCUACUUUCCUAGAUGAGCGAAUUUUUUUAUGGUGUUUGCGAGGAAGACCUGGAUGGCAGUAAAGGAUUCAAAGGUAUACUGGUGCUGCGUGAGAUUUUUCAAGUAAUUUUUGACGAGGGUAGUUAACGCGUGUACAUUACCCAAAGACUUAAAUUUUCUUGGGUUUAUCAAUUGGUUACGGGCAAGAAAUCAAGGAAUUGCAGUAUACUAUUUGAUCGUUUGAAGUUCAAAAAGGAAGUCUGGACAACAAAUGAAGGACGAAGGGGUUACAAAUUCACUGAUGGCCACCAACAGUGAGAGCUGCUUCGCGUCUCGCGGAUCCAUUUUUGCCAUUGUCGAUAACAUUCACUGGGCGAUCGCCAGCGCCAAACACAACAAAGCUUAUGUCCUUCGAUUUGUGCCAGUACUUAAGCAGAUUACAAAAGUUUUGAACGGAGCAGAUGUGAAAUUCAUACGCCAAGCCGAAUUCUACAGCGAUCUGAAAGAAACCCUACACAAGAUUGAAGACCACGUUAAGGAAAGUUCAACUCGUGGAAAAUGGAUGAAUAGGUUGAUGGCCAAGAAGAAUCAAAAGAGUUUCAAUGAAUUUGAGAAGCAUGUGGAUGAUCUCAUAACACGAAUCGUUUUUUCGUUCGCCCAGCGAGUUCAGCAGCAGAACAUGGCUCGGCAAAAGAAGAAACCGUUGCCAGAGAUACCGGAAGAAGAUGAGUUGGGCAAAUGCAAGAUGGACGUGGAACGUGCUUGUCCGUUAGCAACAAAUGAUGAUACUCCAGGGGAGGGAGUAUCUUUGGCAAGUCAAGAAGAUGACGUGACUGGCGAAAGAUAAAUGUUCAGCUUUAUUUUUAUCUUCUAUGACUCAAAUGCUCGAAAACAUACGUGAACAGUUGAAAACAGCGCCUGUUAAGUGAAAUGAGCUUUCAUUUUGAAGCUACAACUUAUUCAAAGUUGGUUCAAACAAUCGUGGGAACACACAAACAAGCACUUGAUUGUUACUCCUUUGUUAUCCCCAUCUUUACUAGAACUUUUAGACGCAAAGCUAUUGUUUUAAAAAUAUGUACUUUAUUAAUUAACUUUGAGCCUUUUUAAGUUCCAAGGUCUUUCAAUGAAUUGUUUAUUUAGCUCUGUAUAUGGAUUGGGAAAUAUGGAACACGGUUCCUAUCAAAAGCAUAAAAUACAUAUUUGUGAUCAUUAUUUAUCAGUAAUUUAAUGAUAAUUUUGUAUUUGUUCAGACUUCCUUGCCUACAUUGGGUUGCAUUAGAUUUAGGUGAUGGAAAGCCUAAAAAGUUUGUUUCUCUUUUUUAUCACAAGUGAUGAUACAUACAGUAGAACUCCAAUUACUUGCACCCUUAAGACAAACAAAAAAAAAUGAUUAAGUUAGAGAAGUUUGAGUUUUAGGGGUUGGUAUCCUGUUGAUUACCAACAAGGAAUUAUAUUUCUACCAUUUGCCAUUUCUGUACAUUAAGUUUGUUGUCUUUUUUUUUAAAGAAUCUUUAGUUUGGAAAGUUAAGCUGAAUGUUUUGUGUUUAAAUAACUUAUAUUUCAUUUGUAUUAAUUGGGAUUAAGGAUUAGGACUUGUAAAUGAGCUAUGCUCUGACACUUUGACAUUAUAAACCUACUUUUUCUUUUAGGGUCAAGUUACAAGGGUAAUUUUGAAUCUAGGGUAAGUAAAAUUAGUUUAAGGUAAAAGGGAGUUCAAGGUAACCAAGUUAGAGUUAAGCUGAUAGUAAAUGACUGAAAAAUGGGUUCAAAUCCAAGGAAAAUCACAUCUUGUUUGAGUUAAAAAGGUAUCAACUUAGGAAGGUUCAAGAUAGCAAUGUAUUACUGUAUUUCUUGUUGAAAAUUAAAGGCUGGUCAAUUCUUGUUG